AUGCAUCUUUGCAGACAGAAACCUGCCAGUAUUGUUGCUAUUGAAGGGUAUACAACAUAUCGAAUGGAUGGAGAUUGGGCUGGAACAGAUAAAAAGCGAAAGAAAGGUGGUGCUGCUGUUUACAUGCGGGAAAAUUUAAAGGUUUUGAAUGUUAAUCGUGCACACUCCUUUAAGAUGCUGAGUGUGGAAUUACUACUUCUGUCACGACAUCAUAUGCUGAUCAUUGGAUUGUACCCUCCUCCAAGUUUUAAGUAUGAUGAAGGCAAUCUUAUUGAUACCAUCAUCGAUCGUUGUGUUACAUUCUUAGACAUGCAUCCAAAUGGAGUAGUUCUCUGUGGAGGUGAUCUGAAC